GGAGCGCUAGUCAGAGUGAUCUUCCCUGUGCCAUGAAUCUCGAGAUCUCCACGGACAAGGAAAAAGAUGAUGACCGCAUACUGGAGGCCAUCACCCAGUUGCAGCGCUUAGUGGAGGGGAAGUUCGAGGAGCAAGCUGCGCAGCUGUCACAGCUGGUGAGGCCGGCGGCGAGAGGGCUCGGCAAGAAGAAGAAAAUUCUGAAGCCGAAGCCAAGAGAGUCGACCGAGUUCGCCCCAGCACUUUCAGUCACCAGCUUCACAUCCAACUUCGCGCCGGCCGCGAUUUACGGCGCCCCGACGGAUGACAAGGAUCGAAGCUCCCUGAAGAAGCCAGAGGUGGAGCCUGUGAAGCGGGGCAGCUCCCGUCACACCUUUGUUCGGUCAAUGGCCACAGACUAUAGGGCGAAGGCCGACAAGGCGGCGCUGGAGGACACCGACUCCGAAAGUGAGCCCGGAGGAAGCCACUGGCAAGAGAUCGCAGCAGAAAUCGCCACCUCCCACACGAUGUCUGCCGCGAUCAUGGCGCUGAUUGCAGUGAAUAUGAUUCUGAUGGGGGUGGAGGUGGACGUGUCUUUCCGGCUCCCGGAGAAGGAUAUCCCACCAUGGUUCAACGUCGUCAACUUGGUCAUCGUCAUCUUCUUCGUGCUGGAGAUUGCCUUGAAGCUGGUGGGCGUCGGGCCUGUUGAAUUCUUUUGCGGCAGCGACAGGGGCUGGAAUGUCUUCGACUUCUUUAUCAUACUGAUAUCUGUCCUCGAAGCGACGCUCCAGCUGGCUGUUCAGGACGGCAUGAAUUCACAGAUGGUCCAUGUACGCGCCAUUCGCUUCGUGCGGAUCGCGCGAGCGCUGCGGGGCAUCCGGGUGCUGAAGCUGCUGAAGUACGUGAGCGCGCUGCGCGGCCUGAUCUUUUCCAUCGCCAGCACUAUGGCAUCUUUGAUGUGGACCUUAGUGCUCUUGCUUUUGGUCUUCUACUCAUUUGCCGUGAUUUUCACUCAGAUUGUUUCGGACCACUGCCGCUUCGAAACCGUCCAGCGGACUGGGGAUGCCAAUGCCAUCCCAGAAUGCAGCGCUGAAGCCGAGAGGUUCUUCGCCUCGGUGCCGGAGACGAUGCUCACGCUCUUCAUGUCCAUCUCUGCGGGAGUGAACUGGAACGAGCCGCUGGGAGUCUUGAGGGAGAUAUCCUAUGUGGCCCUGCUUUUCAUGAUCAUGUUUAUCGUUAUCACAGUUUUCGCAGUCAUGAACGUGGUGACCGGUGUGUUCUGCAACACAGCAAUCGAAAGCGCGCAUGCUGACAAGGAGAUUGCUGUCAUGAUCCAGAUUGAGAAGCAGGCCGCCCACGUUAGAUCACUGCAGUCCAUGUUCAACGCCAUCGAUACCGACAACUCGACCUUCGUAAACUACGAAGAGCUGAAGGCAGCCAUGGAGUCAGAGAGGCUCGCGAGCUUUUUGGAGUCCAUGGAGAUUGAGACCCACGACGUGCUGAACCUUUUCCGCAUCAUCGAUGCGGAUGAGAACGGGUUGAUUGAUUUGAACGAGUUCGUGAGCGGUUGCAUGCAGUUGCACGGCCCAGCCAAAAGUAUCCAGAUGGCGCAGAUGAGCCACGAGAAUAAGCUCACCAGACGGGCUUUGAAAACGAUGGCUGAUCACCUCACGGAGAUCCGAGAAAAGGUGAUCGUCCUCUCCCAUUCGAUGGACACAUUUGAUUUGACAUAAACCGAGUGACGAAGUCAAGUGAAGCUUGGAGCGACCACGGCUGGCUGAUCCAAUUGCAUCAGUCUGAGCUCUAGGUGUCUCACUGUUGAAACAGAACCAACUACCUCUCCAUGUCUAGCCCCAUGCAACACA